AUGGCUGUGUUCAACAGAGGACCACUGCAGACCGCUGCUGCUUUGUGUGUGAUCAUCCUGCUGACUUUUUAUUUCAUGAUAUUCCAUAACUUUCCUGGAGAGCUAACCAAAAUGCUUUCCACUACACAAAAACUGAGCUGCCCUCAUGGGUCAGAGCUCCUCAAAGAUCACCUCCCCAAGGAUCAGAGCGAGGAACUGCUGGAACGCCGAGCUAAGGAGUUCCAAAAACAAAAAAAGAGGGCUACUUCUGAACUAUCCAGACUACUGUUGGCUAUGCCUAACUCUCCUCUGCAGUAUCCUAUCCAGGGUUUUAAAGUACGGCCUUUGACCUCCACUCUCAUACCAGGUUUAGCACUGCAUGCAGGACAAAGAAGCAGCUACAAGGUGGCCCUAGAUGUGUCCAAAGGGGUUCUGACCACUGAGAUUCCAGCCGAAGGGGUCAAGGUCCAAGGUGAUGGUAAGACCAGACUGAUUGUGGAAUCCAGAAGCCUAGAGACCCUCAAUGACCUGCUGGCUAACGUGACCUAUACCAGCACAGUCUACCAUAUACACACUGGAGACCUAGCCACCUUCCAGUUUGAGGAGCAUGAAGCCAUGUUUCCCAUUACCAUCAAACAGCCUCACCUGCCAGUCCUGUACGACAUGGGAACAGAUAUCAACUCUCACGUCACCAUCACCACAAAGACGUUCCUACGCUACCAACAACUCAAGGUGUUGCUGAGGAGCAUCCGGCGUUUCUACAGCAACAUAAAAGUCAUCAUUGCAGAUGACAGCUUUGAACCAGAGCACAUUACUGGAGCACACGUUGAACAGUACUUCAUGCCUCCAGCACAGGGUUGGUUCGCUGGCAGGAAUUUGGCUGUCUCCCAGGUUACCACCAAGUACUUCUUGUGGGUGGAUGAUGACUUUCUGUUUACAGUGAAGACCAAGAUAGAGAAACUGGUGGAGGUGAUGGAGGCGAACCCUGAACUGGACAUGGUGGGCGGCACAGUAGAUGGGAACCAGUUUUACUUCUCUCUUCUCUAUGAGGAAGGAGAGGAAAAGGAGGGCGGCUGCCUGUAUAGGAAGUCUAAAGAACGGUUCAACUCACUUCCUGGUUAUCCACAAUGCUUUCUGGCCAAUGGGGUGGUCAACUUCUUUCUAGCUCGUACAGAUGCAGUCCAGAAGGUGGGAUUUGACCCUAAGCUCAAGAGGGUAGCACACUCAGAGUUCUUCAUGGAUGGCCUGGGCUCCUUGCUGGUUGCCACAUGUAAUCACGUGUCUAUUGGCCAUCAGCCUCACGGAGUCAACUACAAGGACAAGGCUCGCUACAACAACUUUAGAAACCCUGCAGAAAAUUACACAGAGUUCUCAUUUCAGCUUCAUUUCUUCAAAAACCACCUAAAGUGCAUCAAAUAUGGAUAGAAAACCACCAGAGGACAAUGAGUUACAGUUUUUCCCUGCACAGCUUUCUACUUGUUUUUAUUGUGUGGUCCUUUGGGAUUAAAUGGAUGGCACUUAUAUAGUGCUUUUA